AUGGCCUCCAGCAUCCAUGAAUCCACUGCAGAACCCCUCCUGGUAAUCAUGAACCCCCUGCUCCUAUCAUCAGCAUGCUCUGGCUCUUGGCAGGACUUGGAGUUUCUGCUCAACAGGGGAAUCGAUCAAGUGCAACCUUCCAUUAUGCCUAGUCAAGCAUUUCUUGACCUGCUUAUGGCCUACGGCUCCGACAGCUGCAUCAACAAAAGCGCGUCAACGCAGCGAGUUUCCGAUGAUAUCGAAGCAUUUCUUAACCUGCCUUCAACUGUGCCGUCACUCCUGGAUGGAGUCACCACUGAAGGGGGCACCGUACUCCAUGUGGUGGCCACAUAUGGCGACAGUGAUGGCUUCUUGAGGAGUGUGGACACCAUCCAUAGCAAGGCAAAACACCUUCUGUUUGCGCAAAACAAUAACGGCGACACGCCCCUGCACUGUGCUGCACGAGCUGGGAUGUUCCGGAUGGUCUCUCAUCUCAUUAGUUUGGCCAGAGAUGAGAGUACGAGUGUUAACAGAGUGAAGGAAUUCGUGGAAAUGGAGAACAAGCUUAAGGAGACAGCAUUGCAUCAGGCAGUCCAUAUUGGGGAUAAUGACAUAGUCAAGCUGCUAAUGGAGGAAAAUUCAGAGUUGGCCAGUAUUCCGAAAGACGGCACUUCACCUCUGUACCUGGCUAUCUUGCUGGAAGAGGACAUCAUUGCUGAGACACUUUAUAGUGCAAGUAACAUGUAG